AUGUUCAACUUCUUCAAGCGGAAAGGCGGGAAAGCCGAGCCGUCGCCCGAAAGCUCCCGAAAACAGCCGAUCCCGAAACCGUCAGUCGACUCCCGCGCUUCGCGGCACGUAAAUGACGUAACGAACGAAAAACCACAGAAAGAUGUAGUUAACCUCCUCAUACCAACGACAAAUUACAAUCAAAAAUCAGGUGUCGGCGCAUUAUUACAAAUCAUGGGCAAGCGAAAAAGAAAUAAAAGAAAACGGGAUAAAUGUGAUGUGAAAAUUGAAGCAACGCCUACGCCGGCCAAAAAUAAUCAAGACGCGAGCGAGCCGUCUGACGAUCCAGCCGACUUCGUCAAAGCGCUCGUGUUGCAAAAAUACGCCAAACCUGAUCCUAAACAACAACACGUGUCUUUAGUAUACGUUUCAAAUGACCCGGAUGAGGAAGACAAGAAACAUGCUGAAGCGUUACUGCGUGAAAUAGCCAAAAGUAUUGACUGCACCAUCGAUAAACUAAAUGAAAAGCAAAUGGGAACCGUUGACAGUAAACCAGAAAAGGCACCAGUGUAUGAGAGUAUAGAUAAUAAUAUAGAUUCGUAUAAAAAUGAUUUAAGGGGGGAAUUGCAGAAAUUGUUGCACGAUGAGGAUAAAAAGGAAGAAAAUGUUGAGGACUCAGAAUCUCCUGCGACAAGAAAAUCUAAUUUGAAACCACCGCGGUCAGAUACCGAAGGGUGUUCUGAUGACGACCGCUCAGACAAUGGCAAAAAACGAGUGACGUUUAGAAAACACAUAAUAUUCGAUGAUGGUGAACAGCAAACUGAUGAAGAAGUGGAUUCGUCCUUCGAAUCUCUUACUUCUGAAGAAGCUGAAUAUUUAGAAGACUUGCCAGAUAAUGAUGAAAUGUUAGGAGGUUAUUUAGUUUCAAAAAAUGAUAACAAAACUGUUAUUAAUGUUUGUCAAACAGAACCUAUAAUUAAAGUUGAGUGUGUAGACGAUUUGCGAAGAAUAUCUGGUGAUAAUAGUGAUAGUGGUUUUAUAGAGAGUGAUAAGAACGAGUCGGGUGAUGAAACUAGUGAUGUUAAGAGUAUUUUGGAGAGUGGAGAGAGCGGGGAGAGUGAAGAGAGUGGGGAGAGUGAAGAGGAGAGAAUAGAGGAAAUAGAUGAAGAAGAUGAAGAGAGUGAAGCGGAAAUCGUGGAAAUCGAAGGAAAUGAUGAAAACUCGAAAGAUCUCGUAAGCCAAGAAAGCAGAUACCAGUCACAAGUGGCGGCUUUGACUGAGCUGGCCGAUACCAGAUGUAGUGAAGCUGAACGUGCGCGGGAGUUGCUCUCUGCGUAUAGAAAGGAGAUUGAAGCAAAAGACCAGGAGAUAGAGCAAUUAAAAUGCGACUUAGCCGCAGCCUACAAGGAGUCAGAGCUUGUGAGGCAAAGAAGUCGGUCUUUAGAAGAGGAACUCUCGGCUGCGAGACGAUGUUCUGCGGACUUGGCUGACCAGCUACAGAGACGAAUAGAGGAUGCCAUCAGAAAUCUUCGGUCAGAGCUGCAAGAUGCAGUUACACGUCGAGCAGAGCUGGAGUCGAGGGUGCAAACUCUGGAGAAGGACAAGGAGAGGUUGGAGACUGAGAAGUUACAGCAGGAGGAGAAGGCUAAAGAGGCAUUAGAAGAAGCAGAGGCAAACACAGAGAAGUGGCGUCAAGCACACGAAUCAGCCAGGUCUCAAGCAGCGGCUCGUGCAGAGCGCAUACUGACUGAUUGCGAGUGGAAAAUGAGGGAGUUGGAGAAGAGAGCGAGGGAUGCUGAGAGGGAGAAGAAGGAGCUAUCGGCAUCAUUAGAACAACUCAAAUCUUCUCCUCCCACUCCCUCUCACAUCGCUGAACUCCAGCAACUUCGAGGUCUCGCGUCGGAACAGCAAAGAUCAGUUCAAUCCCUCGCCCUUCAGCUACAAAAGAUUGAGACAAGAGAAGAAGCUUUAAAGCUAGAAGUGCAUAGAUUGAAAGAUUUGUUAGAGAAGGAAGCUCAGAUUAAGAAGGAGAAGGAAGAACAGCAUUUAGAAGCAAUAGCCCGUCUUGAAGCCCAGCACACACAGGACAUAACCGCCCUCAAGAGCGAGCACAGCGCGGCGCUGUCGCUGGCGGCGGCGGCGCGCGCGGCGGCCGAGCGCGCGGCGGCGGAGCGCGGGCGCGCCGCCUGCGCCGCGCUGCGGGCGGACGCGGACCGGGACGCCAGGAACGCCGAGAGGAAGAUGAGGGAGCUGGGGACCAGGUUCGAAAACCUUAAAGAGGUACUCGCCUCCAAAGAAGCGCAGUUCGAAAGCGCGUUAGCUGAAGCCCACAGCAAGGCUGACUGGGACAUCCUGCAGCUCAGGCAUUUGUUGGAUAAAGCUGAUAUCAAUUAUGCGAACAACAUAGAAGCUAUGAAUGAGAGAUUCGAGAAGGAGAAAGAACAAAUAAAUAAAGAAUGGUCGGAGAAAUUGAGUGAAGUAGAGCAACAAGCGUCGACCGCCGCGAAUGAAGCCAAGAAGCUUCUAGAAACGACCAGACUCACUCUCAUUGCUGAAAAGAAUGAUCAGAUCAAUAAGUUGAAGGAGAAACAUCGACUGGAAAUGGACGAGCAGUGGGAGAGGUUCAUGUCGGACAAGGAGGACUGUCUCGAGCGCAUGAAGCGCGAGUGCCGGCAGGAGGGCGCCGAGCAGCGCGCGCGCCGCGACGCGGACCUGCUGCGGGAGAUACAGGAACUAAAGUCCCAAAUAGAAUCAAAAGGAACAGAUUAUGAAGAUCUAUCAAACAAAGCGGCCGCGUGUGGACGAACACUCGCCGUCACUGAGCAGGAGUUGAGUAAACGAUGGAUAGCGGCCCCGUGCGUGUGCGCGAUCUUCUCCCUGCGUCUGGCUUUCGUCUUACUGCUCUUACUCGCUGCAUUACUUUAUAUAAGGAAUAGACGAAAACAAGCGUUGGAGAGAGAGAAAGAGUUGCGAGAGAAAAGAGAUGAAGAUGCUUCCAAAUUCAAACAGACGUCGAAAGCUUCGCAGGAACAGAUCGAGCAUUUGACGAGAAAGUGUGCUUGUUUGAGGAAACUUUUCGACGACAUGCGCGCGCGCCUCGCCGCCCGCGAGCGCGCCGCGGCGCAGGAGGCGCGCGCGCGCGACCGCGAGCUGCAGCAGCUGCGCGCGGAGGUCGCCAGGCUCACCAAGCUACUGAUGGAACAGAGCAGUCCAAAGCUCGGCGCUCGCACUCGCGCAGACGGGUGUGAGACAACUCCUCAAGAUGAGGCUUUUUUAUCCAAAAACGAGCCUCAAGUGUGUGACGCGCAACACAACGCGCCUCGACGGAAAGGCGGUACUCUUAGAACACCCGAGCUAGCACGAAAACGGCCGACACUUCCCGAACUGCAGCCACUUCCACCGGAAGCGCGGCGAAAUCCCAUAGAAUUCGAACAUGGCCGCCGUCGCGCCAAGAGUGUGGACCUGCCCGCCGUACAAGUCCCUGUCAGAAUCAAACAGCUAGAGGAAAGGAAUAAAGAU